AUGAAGGAAGGUCUAGACCUUGAUGAUGAAGAUGUUGAUAAGAUCACGGAGCAAAAGGUCUCUGGUCAAGGCUUUCUUGGUUUGACACAAGAUGACCUUAUGAGGAUUGGAAUUGCUCUUGGACCUGCUAAAAAUAUCAUCAAUUUGGUUAAAAAACUCAAUGGCGAAGAGCAAGGUAAUUACAGAUACGGAAUCCCAGCCUAUACGAUUAUUGAAAGAACGUUCGAAGAAUUGAAGGAAUCCCAGUCUGAACUACUUAAACAAAGAUUCAAAGAAUUAAAAGAAUUCAACAAGGAAUCCUGGUCUGAACUACUUAAACAAACAUUCGACGGAUUCAAAGAAUCUGUUGCUAGAUAA